AUGCUUGACUCUACUUCCUCACGUCCUCUUUUUUCAUUUCUUUUAAACCCUAGCCAUAGAACUGCUUCUUUCGAAAUGAACCAAAGUCUCCAGCCGCAAACUACAUCGUCUGCAACCCCCACACAAAAUCACCCCACUAAAAUAAAAAAUACUCAAACCCCACGUUCUUCUUUCUCAGAUUCUCACAAAACAUUCACUCCAUCUGAAACUAUGACUCGCAAAAGAAGUUCUAGUCAUAGUGAUGACGAUGAUCACAGCCAUGAUGAUGAUAAUGAUGGUAAUGAUAAUGAUAAUGACGAUAAUGACGAUAAUGACCACUCUAAAUCAAAAAAAAAAGAGUGCUGCGGAUGUGGCGGGACCAAAUGUGCAGAUAAGAAAAAAAAGAAGCAACAACAAGAAAAUAAAGACUCCGGUUCUCAAGACUCUAGAAAAGCCUUCAUUCGGAGUUUAGAAUGGUGA